AUGGAGAAACCGGUCUCGUGGUCGAAACUCCCGACGGAAUUGUGGUCGAUGAUCGGGAAAAAGCUCGACACCCACAUGGACGUCUGCCGGUUUCGCAGCGUCUGUUCGUCGUGGCGUUCCUUGAUACCUCCCGUCUCAGAGUUCGAACUCAGAGCCGGAGGGGGCUUCAUCGGUCAGCGCACGGUCUGUCUUCUCGAGCCACCGCCAACGUCCCCGAGAGACUCGCGGUGUCCCCCGUCUCCUCGCGAGGGUUGGUUGAUCAAGAUCGCAGAAAAGGAGGAUCUUGGUGGUGGAGGCAGGGUUCAGCUCUUCAAUCCGCUCUCGAAGCGACCCAUCUCGUUCAAAGGUGGGACCUUUCCUAAGGUUUUGUGUACGAUGGAUUAUAGGGUCACUGAGAUUUGUGUAGAACGUCAUUUCAUAGAAGAGGACGAAGUAGGAUAUCCUGGGCGGGUAAGGAAGGUGAUCACGCUUCCGGAUCCUCCCCGGGCUGUUCGGGAGGAGACUUUGGUCGUCGGGAUUUUCGGGGAAGGGAAAUUGACGUGGUGGAAACAUGGGGACGAGGUUUGGCAUAGGUUGGGCGAUCCGAAUUGCCGAUACGACGAUCUCAUUGCUUACAAAGGGCAGUGUUAUGUUGUUGAUAGGUUUGGCAUCGUGUCGUGGAUCGAUCCUUCUUUUAAGAUCGUGCAGUUCUCGCCUCCUGUUUGUGGUGACGGCAGUGGCGGGGACCGGAAGCAUCUGGUGGAGUCGGGCGGAGAUCUGUACACGGUGGAUCGAUAUUUCGACGAGGAGAGUAGAUUUAGUGGGAUUCAGGCAGGCGAUGUGAGGGAGGCUGCUGGUUUUAAGGUUUAUCGGCUGAAUCAAGAAUGGGGAAAAUGGGAUGAGAUAAGGAAUCUCGGUGAUGUUGCCCUCUUUCUGGGCGAUUACAGUUGCUUCUCGGUGUCGGUGAAAGGAUUCGGAGGAUGCAAGGGGAACUGCAUAUAUUUCACAGAGAUUAACGCUUGGUGGAAAGUUCGAGUCCUCAAUAUGGAGGAUCGCAGCAUCAAGAGGGCAUCACAUUCGCCUGAUCACUUGAGGAUCCUGUGGCCGCCCCCAGCUUGGGUCGCCCCAGAUGCAGAUGGGUUCGCCCUGAGUCCUGCUCACUUGAGGAGCCGGUGUUUUAGUUAA